GAGUGGAUCUUUCUAGGGUUUAUAUUGUUCUAGCAGAUAAACUCGACCUUUCUCUCUCCUCUUUCUCUCUCUAUCUAGCCGACUCACUUCUCAGCUUCCCACUCUCUCCUCCGCAGUUUCAUCUUCCGAUCAGGGGUCCAUAUUUCCGUUCCAGUGAUGACAUAAAGGCACGUCGUAAAAUCGUGAUUUGAGCAUAUUAAAUUUAAAAAAUGACUUGCAGUUGUAUAUGUUUUAUGGUGCUAGUCUAGCAUGUCCAACAAUCUUGUAUCGCAGCAAUUAUCGUUACUAAACAAGCAGGUGGGCCAGAUGGAACCUAUUUCCAACAACCUGGACCCAUCAAUAUCAAACAUGCAAAUUGGAACAAUUGGGCCUAUUUCCAAUUAUGCUGCAUCUCAGAAGUUGGUAAUAUCAGACAAUCAAAUGGUUCUGGUUGACCCCAUGUCUGACAGUCCUGGGUCACAUAGCUUACCAGCAUUAAGCAGGCAUAUUGAGCAGAUGGAACCUAAGCGGAGCGAUUUGGGGUCGCAGCAGUUUAUAUUGCCAAACCAGCAUGUUGGAGAAAUGGAAGCAAUGUUCAACAAUAUGGGUUCACAGAAGUUGUUAUCAAAUAAGCGAAGGGAACCUAUGUCCAAUAAUUUUGUGCCUCAACCUAUGUCCAAUAAUUUUAUGCCUCAACCUAUGUCCAAUAAUUUUAUGCCUCAACCUAUGUCCAAUAAUUUUGUGCCUCAACUGCCUCAACCUAUGUCCAAUAAUUUCGUGCUUCAACAGCUACCAGUUAUAAACAAGCCUAUGGCACACAUGGAAAUCCUCUCUGGUGCACCUGGUUUGCAGCCGCCAUCUGUACCUCAUAAAAAAACUAUACAGAUGCAACCCAUGUCUGGUACUUCAGGUUUGCAAAAUUCACCUGCACCAAAUAAGAGAAUGGUAAGGAAUGAUUCCAUUUCCAGUAGAUCUGGGUCACAGCACUCACACACUCCCAAAAAUCGAACUGUGCAAAUGGAACAUUCUCCCAAAGUUCAUACUGAAUCAUUUGAAUCCGUUAGGUCCAAGAUGAGGGAUUCAUUAGCUUCUGCAUUGGCCUUGGUUUCUCAGAAUCAAAAUAAAGCUCCAAACGAGGAAAAGAAAUCUCAGAGUGAAGCUGCAGUUAGUCCACGGCAGAUGCAGGAAGUUUCUCAGCCUGUUGAAUCCACUUCCACCUCUGCUGAUGCUUCCGACUAUGUUUCUGAAAACCCUAUGGAUACCUUGCCCUCCAAAGAAUCUUGUUCUGCUGAUAAACUCAAUGACGGGCAAAGCACAUCUCAGACUAUAGAAGGCAUGGAUCAUUCAGUACAAACCUUGAAUUGCAAUGGACAAGCAUUACAGUCUGACACUUUUUUACUCCAUCGGGAUGUAUCAUUGGGUGACAAUUUCUUUGUCAAAGAUGAACUCUUGCAGGGAAAUGGGCUGACUUGGGCAAUGGAUCUUGAUAUGGAGUUGGCAGAAACAAAGGAAGUUCAAGUGGCCAAAAAACCCAAGUUGGUGCACGAGAAUGUGGGUGCAGCUAGGGGAGAGCAAGCGGUUCAGUCUCCUCAAAAUUUAGCCUUUAAGAUUGAAGCAGAACUCUUCAAAUUAUUUGGGGGUGUGAAUAAGAAAUAUAAAGAGAAGGGAAGAUCUCUGUUGUUCAAUCUAAAGGAUCGUAGUAAUCCAGAACUGAGAGAAAGAGUCAUAUCUGGCGAAAUUUCCCCCGAGCGAUUAUGUUCUAUGACGGCAGAGGAACUAGCUUCAAAGGAGCUUUCUGAGUGGCGAAUGGCAAAAGCAGAAGAGCUUGCUCAAAUGGUUGUUUUGCCUGACUCGGAUAUUGAUAUAAGGCGUCUGGUGAAGAAAACACACAAGGGUGAGUUUCAAGUAGAAGUUGAUCAAGAUGAUGGUGUUUCUGUGGAGGUUUCUGUUGGGACAAGUUCGCUCUCUCACAAUCGACCCAAAAAAAAGGAGACUGGAAGUCAACCCCCUGCUAAAUCUAAUGGAAAUAAUGACAGAGAGAAUGUUGUAGAUGACAAGAGUAGUUCAGAAAAACAGGAUCCUUCAUGUAGCCUUACUAUCCCAAGUGACGGGGCUGAUUUAAUGCAAGGGCUGAUCGUGGAGGAAUUGAAGGAUGUGGAUUUUCUUCCUCCUAUUGUCUCCCUAGAUGAGUUUAUGGAAUCCCUUGAUUCAGAACCUCCAUUUGAAAACUUACCAGUGGAUGCUGGAAAGACUGUACCUCAUUCAGAAAAGGAAAGCUUGGAAGCUGGCCGGGAAUUGGUAGCUUCUGAUCCUUCUAAAGAUCCUGAAGAGACCACUUCAGGUAAAGUUGACAAAGAGGGUAAGGCUGAUAAAAUGGAUGUGAAGUACACAGAAUUAGAUGUGAAAGUGAAAUCCAGUGAGAAUCUUACAGAACAAAAGAAGUCCCCCCCUGGAGGUGCGUCUAAGGGUGAACAUGUCUGGGAAGGUGUACUUCAGAUUAGUAUAUCGGCCAUGGUCACAGUUGUUGGCUGCUUUAGAAGUGGUGAAAAAACAUCAACAAAAGAGUGGCCCAGCUCUCUUGAGAUCAAGGGUAGAGUAAGACUUGACGCUUUUGAAAAAUUCCUUCAGGAACUUCCUAUGUCCCGAAGUCGUGCAGUCAUGGUGGUCGAAUUUGUUUUGAAGGAGGGAUCUUCUGAGAAUGAGCAUGCUAGCCUUUCUGAGGUGGUGGAUUCAUACGUGAUGGACGAGAGGUUGGGUUUUGCUGAACCAGCGCCUGGAGUGGAACUCUAUUUCUGCCCACCGCACACAAAAAUACUUGAAAUGCUAAGCAAGAACCUGCCCAAGGAUCAUACUGAAGUGCUUAAAUCUAUGGAUAAUGGCCUAAUUGGUGUUGUUGUAUGGAGAAAAGUACAUUUAACUUCCACAGUAUCACCCAACUCAUCUUCUUACCAUAAACGCAGCUCAAAAAAGCAACAUUUCUCUUCUAGGAGACCGCAAGAUAAAGAAACAAAUAUGAAUGUGAAUUAUGCAUCAGAACCUCCUUUGCAUCUGGGUGCAACUUCUUUUAAUUCUCAACCCCCUCCUGAUGUUGAUGAUGAUGAUAUUCCUCCCGGGUUUGGCCCUGGCCCUGGCCCUGCCCGGGAUGAAGAUGACUUGCCUGAGUUUAACUUCUCCGGUGGUCCAAACCUGUCUCUGCCAAAAUUUUCUAGCCAAAACCCAUCGCAUGGGUCUGGAAUGACCCCUUUACAAGCACCAUCUCGUCCCGUGGAUCAUGUGAGAGAGCUUAUACAUAAAUAUGGGCAAACUGGAAGCGCUGUUGCUUCACCUAAUUGGCAGGACAAAAAAGGGGUUGGGGUUGGAAUUAACCCAUGGAACGAUGACGAAGAAGAUGACGACAUACCCGAGUGGCAGCCACAAGCCCCCCAGCAGCAGCCUACACCCCAAGCAUCGAGGCAUGGCUUUCAGCAGCAGCUGAGGUUGCCCCAUGCAGUGAAUCAACAACAUUUAGGACUAGCUGCUAUGCCUCAGCAGCCAAUGGUGCAAUUAGCAGCACCCGUUGCCAUGCCUUCCCCGUCUCUGCAUCCUCAAGCUAAUGUGAUGCAGGGUGCGUGGUUGGCCCGGCCGUCUGGCCACAAUGUCUUGCGGCCAAGUAUGCCCAGUCUUUUAGAAAGUCAGCCUGGUGGAGGGCAAUAUUAUGGGGCGCCUGUGCACCGAGCCGGGCAGCCAAGUGCGGAAUGGAGACACGAAGCGUCAAGGAGUAGGGGUUUUUGAUUUUCCUGUCAUGUAAAUUUCAGCUUUUACAUCUUUUGCAUCUUGUUAGAGAAAUUAAAGUUUUUGUAAACGUAAAGUUUAGUGUAUGAUGCUCUUAGUUUUUCAGUUGCUAAAGCAAACAGUGGUCUGGUUUUAUCUAA